AUUACAAUUAAAAACAAUGGCAUUUUCCCCUUCGUCUCUACCAAAUAAGUUGAUACUGAUCAUAUUUUUCAUGUCCUUGUAUGAUUGUGAAUUAGCUGCUGCAACAACAACGACGACGACGACGGGCUCUUUCUGCAACAGAACAUGCGGGGAAAUAGAAAUUCCUUACCCGUUUGGCACCACCGAAGAAUGCUAUUUAGCUAACGACACCUACCGUGGCCAAAACUUCCUUGUGACAUGUAAGGACGAUGGCAAAUUGUAUUGGGCGACAAAAAAUGUAACAAACACAACAAUCCAGAUCAGCCAAAUCAAUGUUUCUGCUGCUCACAUUAAAAUUUUAUUGAGAUACAUUGGAGAAGACUGUUAUAAUGAGUUUGGGCAAAGUCAAUCCGUGCGAAAACAAGGACAAUUAACCACGGGUUCAUUCGUCGUGUCAACUACCCAAAACAAGUUCACGGUUUUGGGAUGCGAUACUUAUGGUCAAAUGACGAACCAACAAAACAACAUGACGUUUUUCACCGCUUGCACUUCUUACUGUGCGAGCCUCACCGACGUUCAAGACGGAAAGUGUGACGGUUUAGGUUGUUGUCAAGUACCGAUUCCUCAAAAUACGCAUUCUUUGAACAGCAAUGCUUUUAGUUAUUACAAUCAUUCCAAGGUGUUCGGCUUUAAUCCUUGUGGUUAUGCUUUUAUUGCGGAUACAAGUGUCUACAAUUUCUCUACAAAACAUCUCAAUCAAAUGCCGUCUGAGGAGGAGCGACCAGUUGUGCUUGAAUGGGCUAUAAGUAAUAAGACUUGCGAUGAGGCGGCUAAAGAUAGUCAAACAUUUGCUUGCAAUGGUCAAAACAAUGCAUGUUUGGACGUUCAAAACGGGGAAGGUUACAGAUGCAAAUGUCUUGAUGGAUAUGAAGGGAAUCCCUAUCUUUUUGAUGGUUGUAAAGGUACUAACUAAUUAAUUAUACCCACAAAACUUUUGAUUAAUUUACUUUUGGACGAUUCUUCCUUAUAACUUUCUUGUUACGUUGCAGAUAUUAACGAAUGCAAUGACCCAAUCCUUAAUGAAUGUGUGAAAAUCUGUAAGGAUAAAGAGGGGGGUUACGAGUGUUUAUGUCCUUGGGGAUAUCAUGGCAAUGGAAAAAAAGGUGGGACUGGAUGUUCAAGGGCUUUACCACUUGUGGCUAUAAUUGUUCUAAGUAAGUUUUGUUUAACAUUUUGAAAACAAUGUUUGUUUGAAAAUUGAACUUAUUCAGACAUAUUUGAAUUUCAUAUAGGUACUGCUAUAGGCAUAACAUCUU